AUGGUGCCCAGUCAAGGAGUUUACCGUUAUGCCUUCCCAGACUCUCCCCCGCAUAUCAGCUACGGCAUUCCCUUCCACGAGUCAUGUGCCAAACACGUCAAGGAGACCUUUGAUGCCAAACGUGUGUACAUCAUAGCCUCAAGGUCUUUGUCACAUGAAACCGACAACAUCAAGAAGCUGGAGGUUGCUCUCGGACGGAAGCAUGUUGUCGGUGUGCGUCGAGGCAUGACACCUCAUACUCUGUGGUCCGAAGUCCUCGAAAUCAUCCACGAGGCUCGCGGUGCCAAAGCAGACCUGAUUGUCACUUGUGCUAACAACACCCACCAGGCACUCGCCAACAACGCCUCAACACCUGAACACCUCGACAGAUUGCACGUCAACAGCGACACCAAUGAAGAGCGUCUAGAGAUCAACGCUCCAACCAUCCCCAUAAUUAGCAUUCCCACCUCCCUGUCUGGUGGCGAGUACACGCGCCCAGGCGGUGCGACCGACGACCGCAACAGCCGCAAACAACUCUUCCGUGGACCCUGCCGAGGACCUCUUCUCGUGAUCCUAGACCCAGAGCUUACGACCACGACUCCAGACUCUAUUUGGCUAUCCACCGGCAUCCGCUCAGUCGACCACUGUAUCGAAGCCAUGUGCUCUCUAGAGUCAAACGCCAGCGCCGACGAACGCGCCACAAGAGGCUUGCAAGCAUUGAUCCCUGGCUUAUUGCGCUGUAAAGCCAACUCUAGAGACCUGGACGCCAGGCUAGCUUGCAAAUUAGGCGUCAUUGACGCCAUCGGAGCCAUUUCCGUCGAGAACGUGCCGCUGGGGGGUAGCCAUGGAAUCGGCCAUCAACUGGGUCCUCUGGGCGUCGGUCACGGCGAAACCAGCUGUAUCCUUCUACCCUCUGUAUGCAAAUACAAUGCCCACGCCAACCCCUCCCAACAAGCUAAAGUCUGCAAAGUAUUCUGGGAUGACGAUGUCGUGCGAAAAGUCCUUCAAAUUCAUGGCUUGGCAGAAGAGACGGCAGAUCUGGGCGAUUGCCUGAAAGCCAUUGUCAAAGAGCUUGGUCUGCCAGGAAGUCUGGGUGAUGUGGGCGUCACAGAGGAUAAAUUCGACAUGCUUGCCGAGAAUUCGCUUAGUGAUUCUUGUUGCAGAACCAAUCCAAUACCCCUCAAGAAGAAACACCAGGUCCUGGAAACUUUGAGGAUGGCCAUGUAG